AAGCUCAGAAACUGGGGUAAGCUUGUUGACGCUUCAUGUGUUCUUUGUGGAUCAGAAGUUGAAACCCGAGAUCAUCUCUUUUUUGCUUGUGAGUACUCUCGUAGGUUACUUGCAGAUCUCUUUGGCGUGUGGCCGGCGAUUUGUUAUGCUGCCAAUUGGCAGAAUUGUUUGGAUAUAGCUUGUAGCCUUGCUGAUCUUCCUGGAGCGGACGGCAAAGUGGGAAGUGCUCUUUGGUGCUUGGUAGUGGGGUAUGUAUGGAAGGAGCCGUGUCGGAGAGUCCAUGGCGAGGCCGGCCGUGAGGUGAGCACCUUGCUUACCUUGAUACAGCAGGAUUUGGAGUUCAGUCACUCAUCAACAGUAGCUCGACGUUCGGAUUUGCAACGGUCAAUAUUCCAACCACAGCAGCAGCAGCAG